GUGUUGCUGCAGGUGUUGCUGCAGUUGUUGCUGCAGCUGUUGCUGCAGUUGUUGCUGCAGCUGUUGCUGGAGUUGUCGCUGCAGCGGUUGCUGCAGUUCUGGUUGCAGCUGUCGCUUCAGCCGUAGUUGAAGUGGAGAGCAGCAGCAGCUCCGCUGCAGCAGCAGCAGCAGCAGGAGUCGCAGGCAGCCUCUCCUUCUUCUGGCUGGUGAAGGAGACAGUAGAAAAAAGGAGACAGAACUCAGGAGCUGCUUUGCGUCAGUCCGCGUUCGAGCGUGCGGAGGGCAUGCGCCCCGACACCGCGGCUGCGGCCGCGGCCGCAGCCGCAGCCGCCCUCGCCCAGCAGCAGCAGGCAGCAGCAGCAGCAGCAGCAGCGCGCGCGCUGCAGCACCACCAGCACGACUUCCAGCUGCACCUCCCGCAGCAGCACCUCCCGCAGCAGCAGCAGCAGCUGCUGCUGCUGCAGCAGAAACACCAUCGCAGGCAGCAGCGACACCGCAGCCAAAGGAGACACAGCGCCUGGCGCUCCUCCUCGCAGCUGCAGCCCCUCGCGCUCGACUUGUCUCCCCCUAGCGCCCCGCAGCAGCAGCAGCAGCAGCAGCAGCAGCUGCAGCAGCAGCAGGUGAUGCAGCAGCAGCAGCAGCAGCAGCAGCAACAGCAACAGCAGCAGCAACUCCUCCCGAGCCAGCUGCAGCCGCAGCAGGGGCAGCAGCAGUUCAUGCCGCCUCUGCAACAGCAGCAGGCACACGUCCAGCCGCUUCAGCAGCAGCAGCAGCAGAUGCAGGAGCUCCAGCUGCAGCAACUGCAGCAGCAGCAACUGCAGCAUCAGCAACUACAGCAGCAGCACAAAGACAGGAAGCGACGCCACAAGGACCGCCACAGGGGCCGCUCCUCUUCUAGUGCUGCUGCUGCUGCUGCCUCAGGAGCAACAGCAGCAUGUCCUCUGCAGCAGCAGCAGCAGCAGGACAUGUUUGCUUCUGUUCCCAGAGAGGCCAGACGGCCCGACAGGCGCCGCCGCCACCCCUCAACUGCAGCAGCAGCAGCAGCUGCUGCUGCAACGGUGACGGGCGGGGAGCAGCAGCAGCAGCAGCAAAUGGGUGCUGCUGCAGUGCAGCAGCAAAGUAGGCAUUUGGGGUUCCCGGCGUACACGCAGACAUCGGAACCCCUAGCUGCUGCUGCUGCCAGCAGCAGCAGCAGCAGCAGCAGCAGCAGGGCCACAAGAUUGCCCGCGGCCAGCAGUGCGCAGCCGCCGGUGCCUCUUGGGGUCCCCCUGAGGGGGCAGGCCAAUCGUUUUGCUGCUGCUGCAGACGAUGCAGCAGUAGCAGCAGCAGCAGCAAGUCACGCUGCGACUGUGCAUGGUUUAGGGUGGACGCAGCAGCAGCAGCAGCAGGAGCAGCAGCAGGCUGUUGCUGCAGCAGCAGCAGAGGCGGCACAGGUUUUCAGGCCCCUUCGCCGCCCGCGUAUAGAGGAGACAGUGCCCGAUGCCUUCCCUGCUGCUGCUGCUGCAGCAGCAGCAGCAGCAGGUCAGGGAGGCUUCAGGCUCCCUGCGCCCCUCACAGCUUUGCAGCGAGCCUCAGCGAAGCGCCGAGCUGCUCGUUGGCUAGCUGCUGCAGCUGGCACGCGAACAGCAGCAGCAGAGUCUGCUGCUGCUGCUGCUGCUGCUGCUGCUCCUGCGGGAACAGUAGCAGCAGCAGCGCCACCGCUCGACAGCAGCAGCAGCAGCAGCAGCAGUUUUGCCGCUCCGCAGCCGCAGCAGCUGACGGGCGCGUACAGCGGCAAAGCAGCACCAGCUGCAGCAGCAGCAGCUGCAGCAGCAGCUGCAGCAGCAGCAGCUGCAGCAGCAGCUGCAGCAGACGCCGGCGAAACUGCUGCUGCAGCGAAAGAUGACUGCUAG